GUUAAACAAGAACCAAGGAUGCCAAACAUUAAAGUAUUCAGUGGGAGUUCUCAUCCAGAUAUCGCAAAAAGGAUAGCCGCACGCCUCGGCCUCGAUUUAGGUCGAGCGACAACAAAAAAGUUCAGCAAUAAGGAAACUAAUGUCGAAAUUGGUGAAUCUGUCCGUGGAGAGGAUGUGUACAUCGUACAAAGUGGCUGCGGAGAAAUUAACGACAAUCUCAUGGAACUGUUGAUCAUGAUAAACGCUUGCAAAAUCGCAUCUGCCUCCCGCGUAACAGCAGUCAUUCCAAGUUUUCCCUAUUCACGACAAGAUAAAAAGGACAAGAGCCGUGCUCCAAUAACAGCCAAAUUACUUGCCAAUCUGAUAUCAGUCGCCGGUGCUGAUCAUGUAAUAACAAUUGAUUUACACUCAUCCCAAAUUCAAGGUUUCUUUAACAUACCCGUCGACAAUCUUUACGCUGAGCCGGCGAUCACAAAAUGGAUAAAAGAUAAUAUACCUGAAUGGGAGAGUAGUGUCAUGGUGUCGCCUGAUGCGGGCGGUGUAAAACGAAUGACAUCUAUCGCCGAUAGACUCGAUAUUGAUUUUGCUAUCAUACACAAGGAAAGGCAGCGAGCUAACGACGAAGACUCGACUGUUUUAGUAGGGGACGUAAGGAACAGAACCGCUAUUAUGGUAGACGAUUUAGCUGACACCUGUGACACUAUUGUAAAAGGUGCAGAGAAAUUACGCGAAGCUGGAGCUAACAAGAUCUAUGCUAUACUUACUCACGGAGUUCUCGCUGGAAAUGCUAUUGAUAAAAUAAACAAUUCGUGUCUAGAAGCAUUAGUUGUGACCAACACUAUUCCGCAAGAUAAACAUAUGAAGUUGUGCCCUAAAUUGCAAACUAUGGAUAUAUCCGUGAUGCUCGCUGAAGCAAUAAGACGAAUCCAUUACGCUGAGUCAGUUUCGUAUCUCUACACUACUGUGCCAUAUUAA